AUGCCGAACUUCUGCAAUGCCCCCAACUUCACGAGGAAGAGCACGCAGUCGGACCUGGCCUUCUUCAGGUUCCCGCCGGAUCCGGCCAGAUGCCAGAAGGGGGUGGAGAAUUGUAGGAGAGCAGACUUAGAAAAUAAAAUGCCUGAUCAACUAAACAAAUAUUAUCGAUUAUGUGCCAAACACUUUGAGACCUCUAUGAUCUGUAGAACUAUACAUUAUAGGACAGUUCUUCGAGAUAAUGCAAUACCAACAAUAUUUGAUCUUACCAGUCAUUUGAACAAUCCACAUAGUAGACACAGAAAACGAAUAAAAGAAUUGAGUGAAGAUGAAACCAGGGCACUGAAACAGAAAAAAAAAAUUGAUGAAACUUCUGAACAGGAACCAAAACAUAAAGAAAUAAACAACAGCAACGCUCAGAAUCCUAGUGCAGAAGAAGGGGGUGAGGAACAGGAUGAAGAUAUUUUACCUUUAACCCUUGAAGAGAAAGAAAACUAAGAGUACUUAAAAUCUCUAUUUGAAAUUUUGAUUCUUAUGGGAAAACAAAACAUACCUCUGGAUGGGCAUGAAACUGAUGAAAUCCCAGAGGGUCUCUUUACUCCUGAUAACUUUGGUGUGCUGGAGUGCCGGAUAAAUUCUGGUGAAGCGGUUCUGAGAAAGCGCUUUGAGACAACAGCAGUUAACACAUUGUUCUGCUUGAAAACACAGCAGAAACAGAUGCUAGAGAUCUGUGAGAGCUGCAUUUGGGAAGAAACUCUCAGGGAAGGGAGAGACUCGCACUUCUUUUCCAUCAUCACUGAUGAGGUAGUGGACAUAGCAGGAGAAGAACACUUGCCUGUGUUGGUGAGGUUUGUUGAUGAAUCUCAUAACCUGAGAGAGGAAUUUGUGGGCUUCUUGCCUUAUGAAGCUGAUGCAGAAAUUUUGGCUGUGAAAUUUCACACUACCAUAACUGAGAAGUGGGGGUUAAACAUGGAGAAUUGUCGUGGACAGGCUUACAUUGUGUCCAGUGGAUUUUCUUCCAAAAUGAAAGUUGUUGCUUCUAGACUUUCAGAGGAAUAUCCCCAAGCUGUCUACACACUUUGCUCAUCCUAUGCCUUAAAUAUGUGGCUGGCAAAAUCAGUGCCUGUUGUGGGAGUGUCUGUUGCAUUAGGAACAAUUGAGGAAGUUUGUUCUUUAUUCCAUCGAUCUGCACAACUGCUUUUGGAGCUUGACAAUGUAAUUUCUGUCCUCUUUCAGAACAAUGAGGAAAAGGGUAAAGAACUGAAGGAGAUCUGCCAUUCUCAGUGGACAGGCAGGCAUGAUGCUUUUGAAAUUUUAGUGGACCUCCUACAAGCACUUGUUUUAUGUUUAGAUGGUAUAAAUAGUGAUACAAAUAUUAGGUGGAAUAACUAUAUAGCUGGUCGAGCUUUUGUACUCUGCAGUGCAGUAACAGAUUUUGAUUUCAUUGUUACCAUUGUUGUUCUUAAAAAUGUUCUAUCUUUUACAAGAGCCUUUGGGGAAAAUCUCCAAGGGCAGAUAUCUGAUGUCUUCUUUGCAGCCAGUAGCUUGACUGCAGUGCUGCAUUCACUAAAUGAAGUGAUGGAAAAUAUUGAAGUUUAUCAUGAAUUUUGGUUUGAAGAAGCCACAAAUUUGGCAACUAAACUUGAUAUUCAGAUGAAACUCCCUGGGAAAUUCCGCAGAGCGCAGCAAGGUAACCUGGAAUCUCAGCUCACCUCUGAGAGUUACUAUAAAGAAACUCUAAGUGUUCCAACAGUGGAACACAUUAUUCAGGAACUGAAAUAUAUAGUCUCAGAACAGCACCUUAAAGCUCUUAAAUGCAUAUCUCUUGUACCCUCUGUCAUGGGACAGCUCAAAUUUAAUACAUCAGAGGAAAACCAUGCUGACAUGUGCAGAAGUGACUUGCCCAAUCCUGACACACUCUCAGCUGAGCUGCAUUGCUGGAGAAUCAAAUGGAAACACAGAGGGAAAGAUAUAGAGCUUCCAUCUACCAUUUAUGAAGCCCUCCAUCUACCAGACAUCAAGUUUUUUCCUAAUGUUUAUGCAUUGCUGAAUGUCCUGUAUAUUCUUCCUGUGAUGAAGGUUGAGAAUGAACGCAAUGAAAAUGGGCGAAAGCGUCUCAAAGCAUACCUGAGGAACACUUUGCCAGACCAACGGUCAAGUAACUUGGCUUUGCUUAACAUAAAUUUUGACAUAAAACAUGAUCUCAAUUUAAUGGUGGACACAUAUAUCAAACUCUAUACAACUAAGUCAGAGCUUCCUACAGAUAACUCAGAAACCAUUGAAAAUACCUAAGAAACG